AUGGGUAGUUCACAUUCAUUCUUUAUACCACAUUUUUAUGCAAAUAUUCGUACAAGUGAUGGAAAGACAUUUAAAUUAUCAUAUCGUCAUUUUGUUGAUCAUAUUCUAUUGCUUCGUCGAGUGAUUAAGCAUCCAGAAAUGACGCAGCAAGGUGAAACAUUGAAUUAUUUUAUCGAAGAUUAUUGUAGACGUAUGGCUCACCAAGCGAUUAGAACGAGAUAUAAACAAUGGAGACUUCCAUGGCAAAUCGACUGGAUCUGGCAUGUUCAUCGUCUUCAUCCAAUUGCCUAUCACAAUGACUGUAUUUACCAAUUGACGAACGAUAAAAUUAUCGAUAAAAGGUACCGACGAUUAACCAUAAAACAACAUCGAAAACAUCGUUCAGUUGCUUUGUCUGAAUCAAUAAACAAACCUUCAACGUUUGUUCCUUCGAUCGAUCUGACAAAUGCCGUACUUUGUCAACGUGAUUUUCUUGAAAAAUUCAAGGAACAUUAUCUUUUUUCCAUCAAUUUGCGACAUAUCAAUCAAAAUUCGUUUGAACAAAUGGUACGAAAUUAUGUUUCAUUUUUGAAAUUAGCCAAAAAAGAUGAAAUCAUUGUACCAACAUUCGAUAUUGAUUUAAUAUGGCAUACACAUAUGAGAUUUCCAUCAUCUUAUCAAAAUACAUCUAUAGCACUAUGUGCCUUUCUUCUUGAUCAUGAUGACUCGAUUGAAAAUGACACUUUACUCGAUGAUUAUCAGAAAACAGCUCAACAGUGGAAGAUCACUUACAAGGUAGAUUAUGGAAAAAAUAUCGACAAACAUCAAUUACACACAUCACAAUAUCUUACCUCCUCCGCAAUGAUAGCUGCACCGGUUGUUAUAUACUCAUCGGGUGGAAAUGCCGGUGGAAGUGGUGGUGGUGGUGGAGGUGGAGGUGGUGGUGGUGGUGGUGGUGGAUGUGGAGGCUAUUAA